AUGUCGCAGUAUCAACAUGACGAGUUAGCCAGGCUCUUUGCCCAUAACAUGAGUCUGAACCAGACAUUGCCUCAGUCUACGCCUGACAAGCAAUUCCUCGGCCACACCGCACAGCCCAUCUACUACAGCUCACAGCACUACACUCCGACGAGCUACAUGCACGUCUCUCCAGCAGCAGAGCAACAGCAAGUAGCAGCUCCACGAGCCGACUCUCCUCUGAGCGGCAGCCCUCUCGACAGCAACAGCAACAAAAUGACACCCAUCCACCUAGCGUCGAUGCUGCGCAACCACGACAUUGACCCUACCUCGUUGAGCCAGUCGCAAGUCCAGCUUUUCACCAACGCAGACUACGAACAGCGACUGCGCCUACUUGAACUCUGGCGCAUCUCACCCCCAAGAUCGUCCCACCACUGGCAGCAAGAGACGAGCAUGGCACAUGAAGAGCAGUUGGCAGCAUUACGCUAUGAAGAGCGCAUGCGUACUCAGGUGGAUGACGCACAAGCGGAGCCUUACAUGGAGUCUGGCUAUGCCCACUCUGCGCACAGCGAGCCAGUGUAUGCCUCUUGCUCUGGUGGGCUGUGGCGAUCACAAAUCGAGCAGCAUGAUCGUUCCAGGGAGAUGGAGGAUGCACAUGCUUCGUGGGCACAGGCACGCAAUUUCGAGCAGCUGCAGGCCAUGAACGCUCAGGUCGAGCAGCAGCGUGGUUUUGCCUCGCACGAUGUUGCUUCGUACGAUGACGAUAUGGAGUUGUAG